CAAACUCGGUCUGAACAGUGAAGUGAAAUGGAGCAAAAAGGGGAAGUGAGCUGUGUACAGUGAAGCUGAAGAGGAGGAAGUGCAGAAUUCUUUCAAGUGGGGCACGUUAUGCAUUAGCUUCAUGUCAACUACGUAUGGAAGGAUGAGAAUCUCCACGAACCGUUUACUUCAUAACAAACAAAACAAAAAGGAGCCAACCUGUUACAUGGCUUCAAUUGGGGUUUUGGCCACAAUGAUCAUCCUGGCGGUCCUGCUUGCUGUUGCUGUGCUGGAAAGACCCCAGGCAUCCCAAGAUCACGAUGUCUCUGUGGACCAGUGCAGUAUGGUUGUCGUGGAGAGCAUUCCUCAACAUGUGCAAUACAAAGCCAACGGAACAUUUGGGAUCCCUUUGGAGAAAGUUUGGAAGCAGCUUCUCUCCAUAGCAACAGAAGAGCUGCAAGUGGUUUCUUUUUACUGGACAUUAACCGGGAACGACACCAACAUCACCUCUUCCUCUGAUAGACCAGGACGGGAAAUCCUCGAGCAACUUCAAUCGCUGCCCUCUAGGAACGUGUCAGUCCGAGUGGUGACCAGCCUUCCUUCCAUCAACUCAAACUCCACUGACUUAAAGAUCCUAGCCGAGAAAGGAGUUCACGUCCGCGAGGUGAAUUUUGGACGCCUGACAGGUGGCGUGAUGCACAGCAAGUUUUGGAUAGUGGACAGACGGCAUGUAUUUAUCGGUAGCGCCAACAUGGACUGGAGGGCUCUGACACAGGUAAAGGAACUGGGCAUGGUCAUCUACAACUGCUCCAGUCUUGCAAGAGACCUCUAUAAGAUCUUCCUGUCUUAUUGGGUGAUGGGAGAGUCCAACAGCUCCUUGCCGGUGUCCUGGCCUUCCAGCUUUAACACUGACAUCAAUAAAGAGCACCCCCUCUUGGUGAAAAAGGAUAACAUCACCAGCAGACUCUACAUUGCAAGUUCUCCACCAUCGUUCUGCCCUGAAUCACGGACCCAGGACCUCGAGGCCAUUGUUUCCAUCAUCUCGGAAGCUCAACACUUCGUUGACGUAGCUGUCAUGGACUAUACCCCCAGCAUACGCUUUCAUCGCCCAAAAAGGUACUGGCCCGUCAUUGACAAUGCCAUCAGGGCAGCGGCUUUCGAGAGGCGAGUUAGGAUCCGAAUGCUGAUCAGCUGCUGGCCUUACUCCUUUCCAGGAAUGCUCCCCUUCCUUCAGUCACUCAACUCCUUAGACAGUGUCAAGGAUCACAUCAGCAUUCAAAUAAAGUUUUACAUUCUGCCUGUUGGAAACCAGACCAACAUUCCCUUUAGUCGAGUCAACCACAACAAAUACAUGGUGACUGACAAAGCGGCCUACAUCGGCACGUCCAACUGGGAUGGUGACUAUUUCGUGACCACAGCUGGAGUGGGUCUCGUGAUUUCCCAGCACGCACCUCACUCUAUACGGAAGACAGAGGCCGUGCAAGCCCAGCUCCAGGCGGUGUUCAACAGGGACUGGUACUCUGAGUUUGCGGUGAACUUCGCUGAGCCCGGUCACCGCGCAGACUGUGCACUGUCACCAUGAAAAUGAGAAAGGAUAAAGGCUCCUUAAACAUUGAUAGGUUUAACUGCAUCUUAAUAUCAGCAGUCUACUUAAAUUGCUUGAAGAUAAAUUUGGUGUGUUAGUUUUAUCUUUUUGUUUUACGUUUUUCUUAUAUGAACGUACGAAUAAACUUUUUUUUGUUGGUAUUUUCAGUGAAAGUGUCAAUGCCUGGAAUAAACAUUUUCAGAAAAU